CCCAACACGUCCAGCAUGCGGUGUUUGUUGAGGUGUGAGCUGAAGCUGAACCGAGCCCAUCAAGAAGGACUGUGCACCUAAAGGAGAAGAAGAAGAAGAAGAAAAAGAAGAAGAAGAAGAAGUGGCUGUCAGCUCACAUAAGAGGACUGACUGGACUUCCUCUAAUUUCAUUUAUUUAUUUAUUUAUUUCAACUAACCGCGGUUCGUUUGUUCCCUCAUGUGAAGGUGUAUUUGUGUGUGUGCGUGUGUGUGUGUGUGUGUGUGUGUGUGUGCGGGUUGGACGUGUUAACACUGAGAAGUGCAGUGUUAUUACACAAGAAAAAAACUCAAAAAAAGAGAAGAAGAAAUGGAUCGAGCAAACGGCUUCUCGUCGGACCGAAACAUCCUCUGCCUGUUUGACGUGGACGGCACUCUGACACCACCGAGAGAGAAAAUUGACCCACAGCUGGAUGAGUUCUUCCAGACUCUGCGGAGGAAAGUGAAGAUCGGCAUCGUGGGAGGGUCGGACUACUCCAAAAUAGCAGAGCAGCUCGGGGAGGGGGAUGAUGUGAUACACAAGUUUGACUAUGUGUUUGCUGAGAACGGGACUGUGCAGUACAAAGAUGGGAAACUACUCUCAAAACAUGCCAUUCAGAACCAGAUUGGGGAGGAGCUGCUGCAGGACCUGAUCAACUUCUGCCUCAGCUACAUGGGACUCAUCAAGCUGCCAAAGAAAAGGGGAACGUUCAUCGAGUUCAGGAACGGGAUGCUCAACAUUUCCCCCAUUGGCCGGAGCUGCACACUGGAGGAGCGAAUCGAAUUCUCAGAAAUUGACAAGAGAGAGAAGAUCAGGGAGAAAUUUGUUGCUGCCCUGAAAGAGGAGUUUGCUGGGAAAGGACUACGGUUCACUAGAGGUGGUCUCAUCAGCUUCGACAUUUUCCCAGAGGGCUGGGACAAGAGACUGUGUCUAGAGCUGCUGGAGAGUGAGGGCCUGGACGCCAUUUACUUCUUUGGCAACGAGACCUCAGAUGGAGGAAACGACUAUGAAAUUUUCAACGACCCACGGACAAUCGGCUUCACGGUCUACUCUCCAGAGGACACGGCCAGGCUCUGUCGGGAGCUUUUCUUUGACGCUCCACCACACGAGUCCUGAUGUCCUAGACUGCCCGCACCAUUACCCCCAAUCCCUUUUUUACCCACAAAACCCUCUGAACUCAAGCCUAUGUGUCCCUGCUGGAAAAGAUAACCAGCACCUCAAGCCCAGGCUGUUUAUGAACUGCUGAAAGGUACCACUACUGAUUUUUUUCAUGUUAUUAAUAUGAUAAAGAACUGACAGAAACAGGGUUCUUUGAUUAAAUAUUUACAAUAAAUCCCUCGGCUUUUAUUAAAAAAAAAGGGACAGUAACUGAGGAAGUGUUACAUGUUGAUAUAUGUUCAAGUGUUUGCCUACAGCUGAGAUUCCAGUACUGUACCAGAGGAUGUGUUUGACUGCAGUGUCACACCACUGCAAUGUGUAGCAUGUAACAUGAAAUUAACCAAAACGCUUAGCGAGACUAUAAAACAUUCUGCAGUGUUUAAUACUCCAGAUAAUGUAUAGAAUGAUGUACCUGCUUCUGUUUUGCACUAAUGUCAGUAUAAUUUUAUACCGAUACUUGGUAUCGUUUUGUUGAACACUAUAAAGAUGUGAUGAGAGUGAUAUUGGAACAGGUGAGGAAGCUUUUGCUUAUUGUUUUGUGAGAUUUAUGAAAAUGAGAUUUGAAGCAUUAAAGAAAAUGUGAGAGAAGCUGUGUCUUUCCUCCUCCAGGACAUAUGAAUCAUUCCAGGUAUUUUAAUGUCUCUACAGCACUCUGAACUGGAUGUGAUUUAUUGAUGGUUUACUGUGGGAUCUCCUGAAUGUCAAAUGUCUGUUUUAAACUCACAAAGCUGCUGGAAGUGAAAGUAGAAUCUUGCUGGUUUUACUUGUUUUACAGCCCUGAAAUAAACAAGAACAUGAAUAAUGUGCUGAGGUGAGGAUUUACCCAAUUUAUAUUUAAAACAGAACAUUACUGACUGAAUUAAUUCAUCUUAACCAGUGAAUUAAGCUACUGUGACCAAGUCACUCUACAAACUUUUACCAGUUGAUAUGACAACUUUUUAUGUAAAAUAUUUUUACAAGCUGUUUUAUUCCCUGCAUGCUGAAUACUGGGUGACCAUAUGUAUUGAUGCUUAUCGCUUCAUUCCUUUUUGCUCAUUCAUGCUGUUUUCAAAGCUGUUUAAAGGGUUUUUUUUAACAACAUAUGCUAAACCCGCCACUUUUGAUUUUCCCAAAACAAGUUUAUGUCUUAUCCUAUUGUCAUCAUUCAGAAAAAUAAUGACUCCUUGAGAGAUCGUCAUUGUAAAAAUGAGGCUUUUGAUAAGUCAGAAACAUCUGUAAACAAACUGUAAACACACAACCUCAAAGGCUACAAAGGAUCAUGUUGAUAAGACGUAGAUGCACAGAAAGUUAGCUUGUACAGUACAAUGUGUCCCUGAUGCUAACUGUAUGAUUGGUCCAGUUGUUUUUCAGUCUUAUAUGGAUAAAAAUGUAAUUUUGUGUCAAUUCAUUGUAAUAAAUCUUUUUUGAUAUUGUUUCACUGA